AUGGAAACGGAGAAGCAGCUGCGGGAGAAGGGAGACAUCGUUGUUUUUGACGCCAGCAUGGGCAAGGCGGUUUUCGUUUCCCACCAGUGGGUUGCCUUGCAUCACCCAGACCCCCAGUUCAAGCAGAUGCGGGUCUUACAAGGUGCUGUGCGACAUCUCUUGAGCGAUGUGGGCUUCAUUCCCUUGGAUCCAAGCACCGAGGAAAGCAUUCCGUGGUACAUCACCCGAUGCUCCUUCUUUUUCGCUCUCUGCCCCGUCAUCGACAGCCCGGAUGAGUCCAGGGUGCUGACGCCAGCCAGUUGGGGUCAGCGCUCCUGGUGUCGUCUGGAAAGAGCUGUCCGGGAGCUUUCCACCGACGACACAUGGGUUCUGAUCAGAAGCGAGACCUCCCUGGAAAUCGUCGGGUCGGUUCUGGGGUUUAUGGGCGGCUCGGCGGGCGAGGGCGAGUUCACGGAGCCCGAGGACCGUGAGAAGUUCGGGCCUGUUUUGAAACAAGCGGUGAUGAAGAAGUUGCUGCUCUGUCUCAAAAGCGGAGAUUUCGCUGCAUAUCGUCGGCACCUGAACCUGCAGGGCGUCUACUUCCGGCGUUUGAGCGUCGAACCUGUCUGCAACUUCGUUCCUGGCUUCGAGCUAAACAGCCACGGCUGUGCCAGCGUAGCAGAGUUCUUCUACCAGAACGGCUUUACAAGCAUCCGCGACAUCGACAGUUCCGGGUGGUCGCCCUUGCAUUAUGCAGCACUUCGCGGAGACACAGAGCUCAUCGAGAACUUGCUGCAAUUCAAUGCCGAUCCUAGCAAAAGGACAACCCGUGACCAGCCGAAGUUGGGAUGUCCGCCGUGGACAUCGGCGCUGGACCUUUCCAUGUUAUUCAAGCACAAAGAUGCAGCUCGUCUCCUGAUUGCGGCACGUGCGAAACUCGAAGGGGGCGUUCUCCCUUCGGUUCAUUUUGCGGCCGUUUCCGACAACGCAGCAGGCAUCCGACUGCUCUGUUCCGCGCGCUGCGACCCGCUUGCGCAGGACCUGUUUCUUGGCGUUCUUCUGGUUGGCUCUUAG